AGCUGCGACAGACGCGUCUGUGGAAGUCAUUCUUCAGUGAUGCAGGCGGACAACAGAGGGACAAAGUGUUUAUGUCCACAGAGAAGACAAAAGGAUGACAUGUGAGCACCUGAGCCGAGUGUUGGCACUUUGCGUUGUUCUCUGCGCAGUGCGAACAGCUUCCUUCUCCCAGGGCGCACGGGAUUUCCACAAGAAAGUGGCUAUGAUGCUGAAGGAAGAACCACUGAACCCCAAGUGCUUUACUGAGAGCAGGAACGACUUCACGUGUUUCUGGGAGGAAGAUGAGGAAAGGGCCGGUUCUGUGGAUCAGUACUCCUUCACGUACACGUACCAAAAUGAAAAGAGCAACCGGUGCCCGUUGACAGCCGUCCCUGCAGCAGAUGGGAAGCUGCUGUUCGUCUGCCACCUGAAUCAAACCCAGAUGUUUGUCCUCAUGGACAUUCAAGUUCACCGGGAGACGAAACGGAUCCACAACCGCAGCCUCUGCAUCGAGCUUGUCUAUCUCUUCGACCCUCCUGCUAACGUGACGGUGAACAACACGGGGAAACAGGGUCAGCUGAGGGUCACCUGGCUGCCUGUUCCCUUCAAGUACAUGCCCGACGGCAUGAUGUACGAGGUCAGCUAUACCCCAGCGGACAGCCACCCGGGGCAGGUCGAGGAGGCGAAAGCGAAGUCCGAGCUGAUCCUGAGGAACCUGCAGCCGGGGACAAAGUACAAGGUGCGAGUCCGUGUGAAGCUGGAUGAGCUCAGUUACAACGGCUAUUGGAGUUCCUGGAGUGAACCGGUGUUCAUAGAAACACUGCCGGGAGAAUUUGACCCGCUCAUCAUGUCCCUGACUCUCAUCAUCUCCUUCAUCCUCGUUGUGCUGUCGCUCACCGUCCUCCGGUCCCAUCGCAGGUUUCUUACAAAGAAGAUUUGGCCGACUAUCCCAAGUCCUGAGAGCAAGUUCCAGGAUCUGUUCACAGUUUACGGUGGAGACUUCCAGGAGUGGUUAGGCCACGCCAACGGAGGCUUGAGGUUGGCUCCAGCUUUCCUCUGCUCAGAGGAACGCCCCUCUUCUCUGGAGGUGUUGUCGGAGCUCAGUUUUUGCCCCUCGCCGCCGCUGCCACCCAAAGUCUCCAGAGCUCCAGCCGCAGACAGGAAGGAGGACGUGGACGUGAAAUGGCCGGAUGAGAGAGAGACAUUAGAGAGGGGCAAUCCUGCUCCGACAGACGGGUGGAGAGCAACGCCAUGCGACCACUGGCUGAUGGACCGCUUACGGGCCCUCCACCAGCAGCCGAUGCCCUGCUCCCAGUCCUCUCUGCUGGAGUCUCAGGACACGUACGUCACUCUCAGUAACCACAACCACAGCGAGGGCGAGCACCUGGACGAUAUUCUAGAGGAGACCUUACCCCUCGAGGUGCUUUUUGCCUCCAGGAAGACUGCGCUGUGUGAAUCCCACUCGGACCUGGGGUCAGUGCAGCAGAGCUCCGGCGGUCUUUCGUCCCAGUCCAGCUUCGAGUACCCAAACCACCCCUGGGCCCUGAAGGGCCUGGGGUACACCUACAUGGCAGUGGCAGAUUCCGGGGUCUCUAUGGAUUACAGCCCCAUGAGCAAAGCGGACGAUAUUGGGAAAGUGGUUAUCUACGCCAACGAGUAUAAUAACGAGAUCCCCUCGCACAGGAGGCCGUUCCUGCCGCGGCAUCACCGUGUGCUCGAUGACGGCUGAACGCACAGAGACUAAAACCACGUGGCCUCACGACAACUGUUAAAAGGCGAAUCCAGGAUUCUGUCUCUGGCUGAAACACGGAGCGGACUCACAGCGCAGUGCCAGCUGAAGGACUCCAUGUCCACUGGAUGUACAUUUCUGCUUCUGCCAAGUCAUCCCCGAUCUGUAGAGGACAACACCAUUACAUGGAAAUGGCAGCUGUGGCUUCUGCAAGGAAAUAUUCAUGUUUGAGAUAAGUUUCGUAUUAUUUUUAAGCUUAAAUAACCAAACAGCUUUUUACGAGUAGACGUAUGGAAAUGGAAAUGGAAGCAUUUUCUGCCCCUUCUCAGUUUUAUUUUUAUUUUUGUCAACAAAUCCCAUGAAAAGACAAAAAUCAGCUGAUCCUCAUCCACAAAGUCGAACGUACAUUAGCUCGUUCCUUUGUUCCACUCUCCUCCAAUUUGAUCUAAAUAAGUAUAAAAUUUAUAUAAUAAUAUAUUUACACAUGAUAAAUAAUAUAUAUAACAAUUAUAUUUAAUAUUGGGUUAAAUAUAACUUAAUAUGAAACAGAAAUUAGUAUGAACAUAAAAAUACAAUAAGUUUAAACUAGUUUUAUUUAUCAUGUUUACCACCUUAGUUUAGCACAUGAAUUAGCUCAUGUUUGGUUAUUAGCUUUAAGCACAAAUAGGUGCGAUGUGGUGACGCUCGUCUAGAGGAGAACAUGAAUGAGGAUUUAAAUUAAAAUCCAUCCUGUGGUUCCUAAGAGUUAAGUUAAGUUUCAGUUCAUAAAAACUUGGAAAAUACAGAAAGACGAACUAGUUAGUUUUUCUUUAUUCGUGAGAUUUGUUGACAAUAACUUUCAGCCUCAGAUCUAAAUCGCUUUCACUUGAACCCGGCAGCUACAAAGUCAGUGUCAUUUCCAAACCUGAUAAAACUGUAUUUGUAAAUAACAUUAUGUUUUGUUUUUAUAUUUUAUCACAGUUGUAUCAGAGAGUGAUCAAAAUCUUAAGUUGUUGUUAUUCUCUAUAAAAAAAAUAUUCCUGAGCAAAUAAAAUACAACUUCUACUGUAGGCUGUGCAGGAAAGUUUUAAUAUUCAUUCUCAGGUAACUGCAGAUGGUAUUUAAACCUAAUUUAAGUCAACACUGCCAUCUAACGAGUAAAGCACACGUGACGUUUCUAAACAUUCAGAUUUAAAGUUUUUUAAUCAAACUGAAUAAUUUCCGUGUUUCUUUUUUUAUGCUUCUUUGCUUUUGUGGCUUUGGAGAAUAUUUUGUUGCUGAAAUUGUAACUGCUCUUAAAGUAUAUGAAUAUAUUUCUACACAUUUCUGACUAAUAUGUUGUAAAAAAAUAAAAAGCAGUGUGACUAACAACUGACUGACAACUAAA